AACAGAGAAAACAGAGGAAAAACAGAGAUGGGUUGCCAAGCCUCGAAGGAGAAGCCACCGUAUGAAAACUCCAUGCACCAUGCAGGUUUUCAAGAGUUGCAGAAACCGAAAACUCCCACACAAGAACUUGUGCUGCAAGUUCCAGGAUGCAAAGUUCAUCUGGUGGACGAUGGAGAAGCCCUUGAACUGGCCGAAGGGCACUUCACAAUCAUGAGGGUGAUGGAGCAGAACGUGGCACUGGCAACAGUCAUAAAAGUUGGAAACAGUGUUCAGUGGCCAUUGACAAAGGACGAGCCAGUGGUGAAGGUGGACGGUCUUCACUACCUCUUCUCUCUGCCGGUGAAAGACGGUGGCGAGCCUCUGAGCUAUGGUGUGACCUUUCCAAAAGAGUGUUAUGGGAACAUGGGCAUGGUGGAUUCUUUUCUGAAGGAGCAUUGCUGCUUUUCUGGGUUGGAAAAGAGCAAAAAGAGUGAUCUUGAUUGGGAGGAUUUUGCUCCGAGGGUUGAAGAUUAUAACCACUUUCUUGCCAGAGCCAUUGCAGGAGGAACUGGUCAGAUCGUUAAGGGUAUCUUCAUGUGCAGCAAUGCUUACACCAACCAGGUCCAAAAAGGAGGGGAAGCGAUCCUAAGUAGUGCUGCAGAAAAGAACAGUGCUAACAAGGUGAGACAAAGUAUGAACAACAAGAAUGAUGCCACAAAAAACAGUGGAAUGAACGAAAACCUCAAACGUGUGAGAAAGCUGACAAAUAUGACAGAAAAGUUAACCAAGUCUUUGCUUGAUGGUGUUGGAAUAAUGAGUGGAUCAGUGAUGACUCCUGUGCUUAAAUCACAACCAGGACAGGCCUUCCUAAACAUGCUCCCUGGAGAGGUGCUAUUGGCUUCCCUUGAUGCAGUCAAUAGAGUUUUUGAAGCAGCUGAAGCUGCUGAAAAACAGACCUUUUCUGCCACCUCCAAAGCUGCAACCAGAAUGGUCUCUAACAGAUGUUCUAAAGAACAGUCGUAA